UCGCCCUCCAGCACCGAGGUGGUGUCGCCUCCCUGCAGCCGGAGCAAACUCAGCGCCAGAGCAGCAGAUUUGACUGAAGACGGGUCGAUUCCGCGCUCAGUCAGACGCUCCUCACUAUGGAACCCGGAGAGAAUGAAGAAAAGCGAACUCUGGAGCUCAGUGGCCAUGUGGGGCUACGCAGUCUCCCCGAUCAGCUGGUCAAAAGAGCAGUAAAACAAGGUUACAGCUUCAACAUCCUCUGCGUGGGGGAGACCGGUAUAGGAAAGUCCACCCUUAUCAACACUCUUUUCAGAACAAUCUUUGAAAAUGAGGAAGCGAGCCAUUAUGACGAGGAGGUAAAGGUGCUCCCACGAACAUAUGAUCUGCAAGAGAGCAACGUCAACCUCAAGCUGACUGUGGUACACACUGUGGGCUUCGGGGACCAGAUCAACCAUGUAAAAAGCUCUGAACCGAUUCUUGAGUACAUCGACGCUCAGUUUAAGAGAUACCUGGAAGAAGAGCUGAAGAUAAAACGCUCGCUGUGGAACUACCAUGACACCAGAAUCCACGCGUGUUUAUAUUUUAUUGCUCCAAACGGACAUUCUCUGAAGGCCCUUGAUCUUGUCACUAUGAAGAAGCUGGACAGCAAGGUGAACAUCAUCCCUGUUAUUGCAAAGGCAGACACUUUAACCAGGAAUGAACUGGUCAACCUAAAAAUUAAGGUGAUGAGUGAGCUGGUCAGCAACGGAGUUCAGAUAUAUCAGUUUCCAACAGAGGAUGAGGCCGUUGCAGAGAUCAACUCUUCCAUGAAUACUCAGCUUCCCUUUGCUGUGAUUGGAAGCACUGAAAACAUUACAGUGGGAAACAAAACUGUGAAAGGAAGGAUGUAUCCCUGGGGAUCUAUACAGGUGGAAAAUGAAAAUCAUUGUGAUUUGGUGAAGCUGAGAGAGAUGCUGCUGCGUGUUAACAUGGAGGACCUCCGAGAGCAAACACAUACUCGUCACUAUGAGCUGUACCGUCGAUGCAAGCUGGAGGAGAUGGGCUUCAAGGACCCAAGCCUCGACAAUCAGUCCUUCAGCCUUCAGAAAACGUAUGAAGCCAAAAGGAAGGAGUUCAUCAAAGAACUGCAGCACAAGGAGGAAUCGAUGAGGCAGAUGUUUGUGAACAAAGUCAAAGAGGCAGAAGUGGAGUUGAAAGAAAAAGAAAAAGAGCUCCAAGGGAGGUUUGAGCGCCUGAAGACUAUGCACCAGGAAGAGAAAAAGAACCUGGAGGAGAAAAAACGAGAAAUGGAGGAAGAGAUGAAUGCCUUCAACAGGAGAAAAGUGGCAGCCGAAACACUGAUGGGACAAGCACUCCAAGGAAGCUCACAGCAGCCAUUCAAAAAGGACAAAGACAAAAAGAAUUGAUUUAUGGAUCAAAACAUCCAGGGAAACCAGGAAUGUGUCCACCGUCAGCAUGGGAAAAACAGGCUGUCAUGUCUGACCGUAGUUAUUGAUGCCGUAUGUUUGAGCUAACUAUAUGUUGGUUAAAAAUGUACAUGCAAUUUGGUGUGUACUCAGGGGUUAACCAGUACUUGUUGUGUUUAAUGUGUACCUUAUGCUGAGUGUUGUAGGCACAGAAUGACCAACCCAUUGACUGUUUUCAUAACAGGUUUUUGGGAUGAUUUAAGGUCAAUAUCAUCUGUUUUCACCUCCUGUUGAAAAUUAUAUCUGCUUCUAAAUGAGGCGUUUUCAAAAAUUCAGUUUUUGAAUAAACUUUGCUUUGAGUUGCAUGACAUUAUUCUGAAAUAAUUUUUUUUUAAGAUUUCUAAUGGCACUUAUGCACAUUAAGGUUUUUUAGAUUUCUAAUGGCCUUUAUGCACAUUUUGUUUGUAAAAAAAAAAAAGAUAUUAAUAAUUUUUCUAUUUACAAUCAAGAAUAUGCAACAACCGGAAGAGUGCAGCUGAAUAUUAUUACAGCGUUCUGGAGCUGGGAAAACAUUUUUGUUCCAAGAAAGAUGAGGGGGAAUUAAAGGCAUAAAAUCAUUUCAUUUGUCAUCCGUGUCCCUUUUUGACUUCCUCUGGCCUUGGGGCUUUAAUCACUUCACUCAUUUAGAUGAUUCACAACAUUCGGACUGCAUCCUUUGUCUUCACUGAGUUGCCAAGAACAUCUGUCAGGACACUUGAAAAACAGAAAAUGCUAAAUUUUUGCCUUAUGAAUGUUACUUGUUCAGACAAAUAACCUGCCUUUUUCUUUCCUUUCAUAGCUUCUUUAGUCUUCCGUCUGCGUGCUCCUUAACCUCAGGAAGGAAUUUGAAUUAGAAGACACCAAAACGUCAAACUUCUUUAAUUUUACUAUAUUUACUGAACGUUUUAUAGAAAUUGAAUUAAGAGAGCCUGAAGUCUUCCACAUCAACUUGACUUUCCUCUUCUGUCUUAUAAAUGCUUUGUGGCAUGGUCUCUGCAUGAAUUAAGGCUCUUUUUCCUGCACUCUCCAUUGCCAAAGUCUUGGUUUUGUACCGAAUAUGCCUCCCUGCUUCAUUUAGCGUGCCAUUAUUAUGGUUUCUUUCUAACUGAUGAAUACUUACACUGUGAUAUUCAUACUGUUAACUGAACUGCAUUUGCUGUUUGAUGGUUACAAAGAUAGUUUGAUCAUUCUAUGAUUUAGAAGCACCUUUAGUUUUCAUAGAAUAAUUUUAUGUAUCUUAAAUAAUAUUAAAACUAUAAAUAGUGCUUCUCUAAAAAUAUUUCCUAUAGAUGGAGAUACAACUAGUCUUAAGUGCCAAAAGAAUAUACUGUGUUAUUAAAGAAAAUAAAUAUUAACAAUAAAUGUACCUAAACCUUUGGAAAUAAAUCUUGUAAAUUUGUGUUAUGUCAAUAUCAUUGAUUAUGAAGAAAUAAAUAUUAUUAUGCAUUAUUAUA